AUGGGUUGUUGUCGACCCUGGUAUGUCAGCAGUAAGGACCAGAGUGGCACCAUUUGCGAGAACUGCGGCGAGGUCUGGGAACCGAGUGUUGACUUGGUCCUGUCUGGCCAUGCCCACUACUACGAGCGGAAUGCCACAAUUGCCAACUUCAACGUUGACCCGAACGAGUUGAUUAAUCCAACUGCCCCCUGGUACAUUACCAACGGAGCUGCAGGUCAUUAUGAUGGACUAGAUUCACUCGUCCGCCCUCUCCAGAGCUACUCCCGCUAUACACAGGAACCAGCAUAUGGAUGGAGCAAAUUGACGUUCCACAAUUGCUCGCAUCUGACACAUGAGUUUGUGGCAAGUCGGAAUGGCACAGUGUUGGAUACUGCUACAUUGUUCAAAGAUCGGAAGUGCAAGCACUAG